AUGUUACCGUCAACUGGGGUGUUAUGUAUUAAGAGGUUCAAUAGUGUGCAUACUUGCGGGGCUACUGUACGUACUUGUAGGAACCCUCGUAUGGGUUCUGAUUUGGUGUCUGCUGUUGUUGCGGAUCGAGUGCGCGAUCAGCCAUUGACGCGUCUUACUGAUGUUGUGUUUGACUUGAAAAAUGAGUAUGGUUUGGACAUUAGUUACCAGGUGACAUGGUUGGGUGUUGAGAAAGUUAGAGGUGAAGUGUACAGGGAUCACGCUACGUCCUUCGAUCAACUCAGGUGGUAUAGCGAUGCCGUUAUGCAAAAAAACCCAAACAGUUACGUCAACCUUGAGUUUGACCAAAAAAUCGGGAGGUUUCCUAGGUUCAAAGGCAAUUUGCUUGCGGCUAUUGCUAAAGGCGUCAAUCAAGGAUUGUUUCCGGUAGCCUUUGCUAUUGUUGAUUCUGAGAAUUCAUCUAAUUGGGAAUGGUUUCUUCGUAAUUUGAAAGAAGUUGUUGGGGGCAAGCGGACAUUAACUUUCGAUCGAAUAAAAUAUGUUAAUGUAUCGCAAAAAAUUGGGUUGAUGCGCAAGUUGUGGGAAUGUGCCCACGCGCCCACUGUUACUUGCUUUAAUGAGAAAUUUGAGCUAUUGAAGAAGUGCAACCCAGCUGUGAUUGAAGAUUUUCUUAAAGACUUGCACCCAAAACAUUGGUCUAAUGCGUAUUUCAGUGGCCGACGGUACGGGGAGAUGUGCUCAAACACCACCGAAUCUUUCAACAAUUGGGUUGGCCAGGCCCGUCAUCUUCCUAUUGCUAGAUGGGUUGAUAUGGUAAGGGGUCAAAUCAUGGAGCAGAUGUCGGAGCGCAGAGUUAAAUGCACUAAAUGGGCUGGUGUAAUAUGCCCGAAGAUGGAGAAAAAAUUGGUGUCAGCGUAUAACGACAGCAGGGCAUGGUGUGUAAGCCAGGCUAACGAUGAUGUGUAUGAGGUUCAUUCCCACCCGUCGGUGUUGGUUGACGUCGUCAAGCAGACAUGUUCCUGUUUUCAGUGGUAG